UUAAAGGACACUUAUUGCAGAAUAGCUUGAGACUUAUAAUAGAUAAUUGCAAGCAAAAGAUUUAUUCAAAAACUUCCUUCCAUGCUUUCCUCAGCUGUUUAUUAGAACUCAUCUUUAUAACUGUCCCAUGGCUGUGUUCCACCACUAUGAUUACACAGAUUUUCUUCAUUUCCCUGACACCAAACAUAACUUUGUAUUUCACACUCCCGCCGGGGAUGUGCGGCGGCCGCGCGUUUUUAUCGCGUUAUGUCGCGACACAGCGCGCGCGCCCGGCCCGGCCCUUCCUCCCCUCAGCGUUCCCGCCACGGCGCCACCGGAAGCGGAACCCGCGCGAGCCCCGGAAGCGCCGCCGCUCCUUCCCGGAAGUGCCGCCCCGCGCCGCCAUCUUGGCUGGAUCCGUGAGGGAGCCGCGGCCGCCGCUGCCCGCCCCGCCCGCUCCGCCGCCAUCGCGGCCCGGCCGCCGCUCCCCGCCUGCCUCCGUCCCUCGCCGCGGGCAGGAGGGGCCGCCCGGGGUGUGGCGGCCGCGGAGAGAUGAGCGGCAGCAGCACCAAGAGGGCCCCGACCACGGCGACGCAGAGGCUGAAGCAGGAUUACCUGAGGAUCAAAAAGGAUCCCGUGCCUUACAUCUGUGCUGAGCCCCUGCCCUCCAACAUCCUGGAAUGGCACUACGUGGUGCGGGGCCCUGAGCUGACCCCCUACGAAGGUGGAUAUUACCACGGCAAGUUAAUAUUCCCUCGAGAGUUCCCCUUCAAACCCCCCAGUAUUUAUAUGAUCACCCCCAACGGAAGGUUCAAAUGCAACACCAGGUUGUGUCUCUCCAUCACGGAUUUCCACCCGGACACGUGGAACCCGGCCUGGUCCGUGUCCACCAUCCUGACGGGGCUGCUGAGCUUCAUGGUGGAGAAGGGACCCACCCUGGGCAGCAUCGAGACCUCCGAGUUCACCAAAAGGCAGCUGGCUGCACAGAGCUUAGCAUUUAAUUUAAAAGAUAAAGUCUUCUGUGAGCUCUUCCCUGAAGUGGUGGAGGAGAUCAAACAAAAGCAGAAAUCCCAGGACGAGCUGAGCUCCCGACCGCCGUCGCUGCCUCUCCCGGACGUGGUGCCCGACGGGGACGCGCACGUGGGGCACAACGGGCACCCCCUGCUGCCCGGGGGGCACCCCCUGGCCCCGGGGCACCCCGGGGGGCUGCAGCAGCCCCACAGGAACCACGGACUCUUGGGGGGAGCCCUGGCGAACUUGUUCGUCAUCGUGGGCUUCGCCGCCUUCGCCUACACAGUCAAGUACGUGCUGAGGAGCAUAGCACAGGAGUGAGGGGGAGAUCCCCCCAAAAAAGACCAAAUUGCAGAGGGGUUGGGCUGAGCGGGGCUCCACGGGGGGAUUUUGGGGGUUUUUUGGCUUUCCUGGGUCACGGUGGGGUUUGGGGUGCAGAGGAUGAAGCUGAGACGCGUCGGGGUGUGGAGUUCUCAUCCAGCUGUUGGUUGGAAAUGGAAAAUUCUUCAGUAAAUUUUGGCUCCGUUGAGUUUUUGGGGUUUUUUUUGCCCUUCCUGGGUUGUGGUUGGGUUUUGCUGCUGGUGAGAAGUCCAAGCAUUAUUUGGGAGCCAUUUCAGUUUGUGGAGUUCUUCUCCAUCUCUGGUUUGAAAUCUGGAAAUUCUUCAGUAAAUUCUGACUCCACUGAGUUUUUAAUUCAGGAUGAGUGGGACUCUUUGGGUGGAAAAUUUGGGGUUUUUUGCCCUUCCUGGGUCCUGGAGGGGUUUUGAGUUGAGAAGUCCGAGCAUUUCUGGUGACCCACUUUAGGUUUAUAGAGUUCUCCUCCAUCUCUGGUUCAAAAAUUGAAAAUUCUUCAGCAGAUUCUUACUCCGUUGAGUUUAAUUCAGGAUGAAUGGGACUCUUUGGAAUGGGAUUCUUUGGGUGCAAAAUUUGGGGUUUUUUUGGCCUUCCUGGGUCACGGUGGGGUUUGGGGUGCAGAGGAUGAAGCUGAGACGCUUCAUCGGGGUGUGGAGUUCUCAUCCAGCUGUUGGUUGGAAAUGGAAAAUUCUUCAGCAGAUUUUGGCUCUGUUGAGUUUUUGGGGUUUUUUUUGGCCUUCCCAGCUCCUAGUGGGGUUUUGGGUUUUGCUGCUGGUGAGAAGUCCGAGCAUUUUUGGUGACUCACUUGGGUUUGUAGAGUUCUCCUCCAUCUCUGGUUCGAAAAUGGGAAAUUCUUCAGCAAAUUUUGGCUCCGUUGAGUUUUUGGGGUUUUUUUUUUGCCCUUCCCAGGUCCUGGAGGGGUUUUGGGUUGAGAAGUCCAAGCAUUGUUGGGAAGCCAUUUUGGUUUGUAGAGUUCUUCUCCAUCUGUGGUUUGAAAUCUGGAAAUUCUUCAGCAAAUUCUGACUCCAUUGAGUUUUUAAUUCAGGAUGAGUGGGACUCUUUGGAAUGGGACACUUGGGUGGAAAUUUGGGGGUUUUUUUUCCCUUCCCAGGUCCUGGUGGGGUUUUGGGUUUUGCUGCUGGUGAGAAGUCCAAGCAUUAUUGGUGCCUCAGUUGGGUUUGUAGAGUUCUCCUCCAUCUCUGGUUUGAAAAUUGAAACUUCUCCAGUAAAUUCUGACUCAGUUGAGUUUUUAAUUCAGGAUGAGUGGGACUCUUUAGAAUUGCUCUCUUUGGGUGGAAAAUUUGGGGUUUUUUGGCCUUCCUGGGUCGUGGUGGGGUUUGGGGUGCAGAGGAUGAAGCUGAGACGCGUCGGGGUGUGGAGUUCUCAUCCAGCUGUUGGUUGGAAAUUGAAAAUUCUUCAGCAGAUUUUGGCUCCGUUGAGUUUUUAAUUCAGGAUGAGUGGAAUUGUUUGGGUGCAAAAUUUGGGGUUUUUUUGCCCUUCCUGGGUCCUGGAGGGGUUUUGGGUUGAGAAGUCCAAGCAGCAUUUGGGAGCCAUUUUGGUUUGUAGAGUUCUCUUCCAUCUCUGGUUCAGAAAUUGAAAAUUCUUCAGCAGAUUUUGGCUCAGUUUAGUUUUUAAUUCAGAACGAGUGGGACUCUUUGGAAUGGGACACUUUGGGUGGAAAUUUGAGAUUUUUUUUCCCUUCCUGGGUCGUGGUGGAGUUUUGGGUUGAGAAGUCCAAGCUUUGUUGGUGACUCACUUGGGUUUGUAGAGUUCUCCUCCAUCUCUGGUUUGAAAAUGGAAAAUUCUUCAGUAAAUUCUGACUCCAUUGAGUUUUUAAUUCAGGAUGAGUGGGACUCUUUGGAAUUGCUCUCUUUGGGUGGAAAUUUGGGGUUUUUUGGCCUUCCUGGGUCAAGGUGGGGUUUGGGGUGCAGAGGAUGAAGCUGAGACGCGUCGGGUGUGGAGUUCUUCUCCAUCUCUGGUUCAAAAAUUGAAAAUUCUUCAGCAAAUUUUGGCUCUGUUGAGUUUUUUUCGGUUUUUUUUUGGCCUUCCCAGGUCCUGGAGGGGUUUUGGGUUGAGAAGUCCAAGCAUUUUUGGUGACCCCCUUUGGGUUGUAGAGUUCUCCUCCAGCCGUGGUUUGAAAAUUGAAAAUUCUUCAGUAAAUUCUGACUCCACUGAGUUUUUAAUUCAGGAUGAGGGGGACUCUUUGGGUGGAAAAUUGGGGUUUUUUUGCCCUUCCUGGGUCGUGCUGGGGAUUGGGGUUGAGAAGUCCAAGCAUUUUUAGGAAACCAUUUUGGUUUAUAGAGUUCUCCUCCAUCUCUGGUUCAAAAAUUGGAAAUUCUUCAGCAGAUUUUGGCUCCGUUGAGUUUUUUGGGUUUUUUUUGGCCUUCCCAGGUCCUGGGAGGGUUUUGAGUUGAGAAGUCCAAGCAUUUUUGGUGACCCCGUUUGGGUUGUAGAGUUCUCCUCCAGCCGUGGUUUGAAAAUUGAAAAUUCUUCAGCAAAUUCUGACUCCAUUGAGUUUUUAAUUCAGGAUGAAUGGAAUUGUUUGGGCGCAAAAUUUGGGGUUUUUUGCCCUUCCCGGGUCUUGGACGGGUUUUGGGUUGAGAAGUCCAAGCAUUAUUUGGGAGCCAUUUUGGUUUAUAGAGUUCUCCUCCAUCUCUGGUUCAGAAAUUGAAAAUUCUUCAGCAGAUUUUGGCUCAGUUGAGUUUUUAAUUCAGGAUGAGUGGGAUUCUUUGGAAUGGGAUUCUUUGGGUGGAAAAUUGGGGUUUUUUGGCUUUCCUGGGUCGUGGAGGGGUUUGGGGUGCAGAGGAUGAAGCUGAGACGCGUCGGGGUGUGGAGUUCUUCUCCAUCUCUGGUUCAAAAAUUGGAAAUUCUUCAGUAAAUUUUGGCUCUGUUGAAUUUUUUGGGUUUUUUUGGCCUUCCAGGUCCUGGAGGGGUUUUGGGUUGAGAAGUCCAAGCAUUUUUGGUGACCCCCUUUGGGUUGUAGAGUUCUCCUCCAGCCGUGGUUUGAAAAUUGAAAAUUCUUCAGCAAAUUCUGACUCCAUUGAGUUUUUAAUUCAGGAUGAGUGGGACUCUUUGGGUGGAAAUUUGGGAUUUUUUGCCCUUCCCGGGUCCUGGAGGGGUUUUGGAUUGAGCAGUCCAAGCAUUUUUGGGAACCCAUUUCAGUUCGUAGCGUUCUCCUCCAUCUCUGGUUCGAAAAUUGAAAAUUCUCCAGUAAAUUUUGUCUCUGUUGAGUUUUAAUUCAGGAAAUUUGGGGUUUUUUUGCCCCUCCUGGGUCCUGGUGGGUUUUGGGUUGAGCAGUCCAGGUUUGCUGGGACCCCCCUUGGGUUUGUGGAGUUUUUUCCAUCUCUGCUCUGAAUUCUGGAAAUCUUUUUCUCCCCCUCACCAAAUCCCAGAAAUCCUCUUGGAUCCUGGAAAAAUUUCACCCCUCGACCCCAAAUUCCACCUUGGUUUUUUUGCUGAGGUAAAAUCCUAAAUUUGGUUCCUUUUGCUUCAAGUUUUGCUUCAAUUCUUUAAAAACCCCAAAUCCCAACCCCAAAAUUCCUCUGGAAUUCCAGAAAUUUUUGCCCCAAAAUCCCAAAAUUCCUCUGGGAUUCAUCAGAAAUAAACCCUUCAAUUUUAUUAAAUUCUUUAAAACCAUCCAAACCCCCAAAAUGUUUUUUUCCCUAAAAUUCGUUUGGAUUUCAACCCCCAAAUCCCAAUUCUUGUUUAUUUGGAAUUCCCUGGAUUUGCAGAAACAUUCCAGAUAAAACCCCAAAAUUCCAAUUAUUUGGAAUUCCCUGGAUUUGCAGGAGGAUUUGAAACAUUCCAAGAGUUGGGAAUGGGAUUUUGGCAUUUUUAUUCCCAUUUUUUGGGGGUGAACUCCUAAGAAUUCAGGAAAAUUCUGAAUUUUUGGGGUCUUUUUUCCAAAAAAAAAAAAAAGGAAAAAUUAAAUUUAACGCUUUCCCUCAAGAUAAAUAAAAAUCUGGGAAUAAACCCUUGACUUCCCAAGCUGCAAUUCCAUGGAUUUCUGGAAAAUUGUUGGAAUUUAAGGGUUGGGGAGGUUUUUUUUGAAGAAAUCUUCAGUUUUGAAUGAAAAUCCCUGGAUUUUGGGGAGGAAUUCCCCUUUUUUCCCCUGGAGAUUCCGAAGCCGUCGCGGAGCGGGAGCGGCGUCGUCCCGCGGUUUAUUGGGAAUAAAAAACCUGGAAAAUCCACUUGGUUGGGCUCUUUUUUUUGGGAAAAAAAAUUCCUUGGGAAGAAAUGGAAGAGGGAAGGAAUAAAAGGAUGAAAAAAUC